AUGCUUUUGAAGUCAUUGAAUUUUCAGUAAUAAACUACAAAUUACCACAGAGUGCCUAAUCUAGGAUCUAAAAAUGUAACGAAAAACUUCUAAACUGAGAACAUUAACCCAUAAUAGGACAAUAAAUUCAUUUUUAAUAAUGAUAACAGUCAAAAUAUGAGAAAUAUACAACUAAGUUACGGUAAUGAAAACAACAGAGAUCUCUAUUUAAGAUAACUUAACUCAAUAUUCUCUCCAAGUGCAGUGUUAGCAACUUAGGAAUCUCCAUCAUUCAAAAUAAGGAUGUAGUAGCUUCAAUAGAACAACGUGACUGAGCUACCUAGUCAAAUAUAUAACUAAACAUAAUCUUAGACAUCACAAUUUACUAAUAAUGACUUUGAUCAGAAUUACUUUAGAGAAACUGAAAUUGAACAGCAAGAUUCAGCAAUGUCUAAAGUUGUUCUUGAGGAUCAUUUAAGGCAUGCAAGCUAAGUAAUAAAGGCAAAAGAUAUGAACAUUAUGCACAAUCUACAAAGGAAAUAUCUGACUUAGCAAACGUAAUUAAAAACAGAAUCUAAUUAGAAAAUUAGUUUGGAGAGCCCAAAUUUAGAGUUUUUACAAAAUCAAUUGUUCAGACUUUUUAUUAUCUAUUCGGAUUUUUCAAUUGAAUCUGUCAUAUCAAUCAUGAAAGAGAAAGAAGCUUAUGACUUCACUAAUAAUCCAAGGCUUGCUAUUCAAGCAAUUGUUUAUCAAAAUUUUUUACCACUUCUUAACAAAUUUUCAGAUUUUGAUAUUAAUCUAGAGGAAAAAUUGGACAGUAUUAAUAUUGAGAAAAUCAGCAUUGAAACUUUGAGAUAAAUUUUUCCAACUUUACAAAAAUUAUUUAAAAAUAAAGAGGCUUUAGAUACUAUUUGUGGAAACUCUCAAGGCACGAAUGAUAGAUUUUUCAUUUUAUUUCUUUACAAAUUAGCAAUUAUUGGACAUCACUAAAGAAAUUUAGACUAAAAUUAAAAUAUACCUGAUCAUGAUAAAUUAAUAGCUUUUCUAGCAGAGCUCGAAUUGUCUAGAGGAUUUUCAAAGAUGCAGGAAUAAAUUAAGGAUUUAAACAUGAAUGAAAAUCAAUUUAUUCUGAAUCCAAAAAGACAAGAAAUGAUUAAAAAUCUAACAAUCGUUUCCUUAGAAAAUUCACCUCGUAAGUCAGCUUAGAUAUAAUUUAGUGGUAAUGCUUUGUAAGAAUUGAUGAAUCAACCUGAAGCAAAUAAUAAUCUUUAAAUAGUUUUCCAAAAUUUUAGUGAUUCAAAUAUGGAUGAAGGUUAGAGUAUCUUGAAGAUUAGUUAGCUUAAAAAACUUCUUCAGCUAAGUGGCAUCCUCUCAUCUAAACAAAUUAAUGAACGCAGUAAAUCACAAUGUGAUUAUCAAGAUAAAGUAAACGAUAUUUAGUAGCCUUUAUAUCCUGCUCAAUUUGACCUUUAUUUAACAUAAGUUACAACUAAAAACGAGCCCAAUGCCACUUAAAUUUUAAAGAGAGAUAUUAUGAGAAAAAAUAGACUAUCAAUGGAUCUAAAUUCAUUAAGGAAUUCCUUUGUAAAUAACAAUAAAUUAAAUGAUAACUAAAGAGCAUCUUUUGUAGGAGGUAGCACAACAAGUAUAACUAAAAUGAAUUCAAGAAAUUAAAUUAACUUUGAUCAGUUCAAAGCACUUUUAUUGCUGAUCGCUAAGAAUUCAUUGGAAAAAUUGGAUUACAUUAUCAAUACAUAAUUAAUUCAACUAGUUAACUAUUAAGAUGAGAAAACGAUUCAAGUUUAAUAAAGCAAGUAGUUCUUAGAACAUUAACUCUUAAAUCUGACAAAGGCAGAAAUUAUUUAACCUGUUUUCUACCAAUAUUCUGAUAGUAAUAACUAUGCUAAAGCUACAAUAGAUUUCAAGGAAUUCAAGGUUUUACUAAGAGACUAUCAAAUAUUUCCUGAGUUUGUCAAGAUCAAUACUCUUAACCAUAUAUUCGAGUUAUUAUGCCAUUAAAUAAAAGCUUCAAUCAAGUAUAACAAUCUGAACAAAGGCAAUUAGAAAAGCUAAUAGUACUAAAAAGUUUUAGAUCUGCAUUCUUUUGUUUAAGCGAUAGGAUUAAUAUCUUAGCAGAUAAAUGACAGUAUAUUCAAAACUCAUUAGAUUAGUGAGGAGGAUGAUAUUAAUAUGCUGAAAUUAUUAUUUCUGAUAGAUCGACUCUCUGAAGGACAAAAGUAAAUAACUAACAAAAUAGGAAAGAGUUUGGCUAAUAUAGUCAUUAACAGAAAUUUUUAUGGGAAAUUGUGCUUUGACAAGGAGAUUUAUUCUGAGAAGUUUGCCUCUAUUCGUAUGUUGAAUGAAAAGAGGGAAUAGCCAAAGGUAGACAAAAUGAGUAUGUAUUUCAGUCUGUGA